AUGGAAUCUCCCCCCCCCCUCUCUUACAUCGAUGCCAUCUCCGCCGAUAUAAGCAACUGUGAUCACGACGGCAAGUCGUUGACGUUCGGCAACCCAGCCUCCCACUCUGAAACUCGGUCGUCGUCAUCUCCACCACUGACAUCGAAGUCGACAGCAAUCUCAGCUACUUGGCUUUUCUGCUCUGCAAUUCCUACACUUCUGGCUUUUAAAAGGGCAACAGAGUCUCUUGAAAAACUAUUUGAUGUAACUAGGGAAGAGCUUCCUGACACAAUGGUUGUUGUUCGUUUAUCAGGAAUGGAAAUCAAUGACUUAACAAUGGUUCUCAGUGAUUUAGGGCAGGAGAUAACCCAAGGUGUUAAAAGCUCCACUCGUGCAGUUCGUUUGGCUGAGGAAAGAUUGAGGCGAUUGACAAACAUGAAUCCAUCAGGUUAGCAAUAAUAUAUUCUCAACAUCAUUCCUAGUCCUACACACAAGGGUAAAAUGGUCAUUUACUAACACUUGCUACAUACAAAGAUCAUUUAUCUAUUCAACACUUUAUCUAACUAGUUUUUUCCCAUUAUUACUUGUAAUAUUAUGUUAUAAAUUUACAUUACUUUAUUUAUUUGGUAAUAAUUGUGUCUUAAUAUAAUUUAUAAAGUUAAUGCAACAAAAAAGUUGCAAGAGGAAUUUGCAAAAAAACUAACAAAUGUAAGGGGUUUUUUUUG